AUGCUUCUCCUCCUGAUCCUUGGGAUUGUGCUUCUUCCGAAAGCCUCGACUCUAAAGUGUUAUGAGUGUUCACCUGAUCUGUCGGGAUCCUGCAAAGACACGGAAAAGCAAUGUCCAUCCAAUGGUUUUCAGUGUGGUGCUCUGAGAGUCACCUCAUAUGCAGGUGCUUCGAAAGUCAGCGACAUCAACAUGACAAUGUGUGUUUUGGCCGAGCGGUGUGUUGAGGGCUCACUCAACUUUGGAGUCUCCAGGACGGUCAUGACCAUCAAGUGUUGCACCUCCGACCUCUGCAACAGUCAACCUGCCCCAGCACCUGCAAAAUCAACUCCCAAUGGUAAAAAGUGUUUCCGCUGUGAUGGACAGAGGUGCAGUGGAACUCUAAACUGCGAGGGGAAUGAGGACCACUGCAUUACAACAACAGUGGGCCUCGGGGAUGAAAAGAUGACCAUGAAGGGCUGUGCCUCCCAACUGAUGUGCUUAGGUUCUGAAAUUGCAAAGCUACCAGGGGGCAUUGGAGUCGGGCUGAGCUGCUGUCAGGGGGACUACUGCAACAGUGCCAUCAGCACACGGGCUGGCCUCCUGCUCCUGGUGGCACCACUGGUCACUUGGGUCAUGUUCUCUUAGUUUACAACAGCAUCACUGUUCAAUUGUUCUUCUUCAUAGU